AUGGAGCGGACCACUAAACGAGUGGGAAACCGUUUCGAGACCGGACUGCUGUGGAAGAAUGAUGAUCCACGAUUUCCGGAUAGUUUUCCGAUGGCUUUACGGAGGAUGAAGCAGCUGGAGAACAAAUUGAUGAAGAAUCCAGAUCUGUACGAGAGCGUGUGUCGACAAAUCGACGAGUGCCAGCAGAAGGGGUAUGCACAUGUUGCAACGGCAGAGGAGUUGCGGAAUUCCGAACCGGAGAAGGUGUGGUACUUACCGUUAAAUGCGGUGACAAAUCCCAGAAAACCAGGCAAGAUUCGUCUAGUAUGGGACGCUGCAGCCUCGGUGCAGGGAGUGUCCCUCAACCUGCAGCUGUUGAAGGGGCCAGACCUGUUGGUUCCGCUGGUAAAAGUGAUUGUAGGGUUUAGAGAACGACGGAUAGCGUUCGGUGGCGAUCUCCGUGAAAUGUACCACCAACUACAAAUCAUAGAAAGUGAUAGACAGUUCCAACGUUUCGUAUUUCGGAAAGAUUUCAGUAAAAAACCAACCAUUUUCGUUAUGGAUGUUGCUACGUUUGGCGCCACUUGCUCUCCAAGUUCGGCGCAGUAUGUCAAGAACAGAAAUGCGGAAGAACACGCAGUUCAAUAUCCACAAGCAGCGUCGGCUAUCAUACAUCGUCAUUACGUCGAUGAUUACUUCGACAGCGUUGACACUAUUGAAGAGGCGGUAAAUAUAGCGAAGCAAGUGCAUCUGAUACACAAACAUGUUCUUCGGAUUUUGGGUGAAGAAAAGCCGGUAUCGCCAGUACAUUUCAAUCGAGAUAAGCAGAGUUAUAGUGAAUGUGUUCUUGGUAUCAUUUGGGAUCCAGACUUGGACGAAUUCUCUUUCUCAACGUUGCACCGACCAGAAAUGCUGGCAUAUCUGUACGAUGGAAAACGGCCAACGAAGCAACUUGCCCUAAGCUGCGUGAUGGGAUUUUUCGACCCGAUGGGGCUGCUGUCACCCUUCACAAUCCACGGGAAAAUAAUAAUUCAGCAUCUGUGGCGUUUGGGCUGUGAUUGGAAAGAUGAAAUCGACGACGAGAGCUGGAGAUUAAGGAAACACUGGACUGGUCUACUGCCAGAAGUAGAAGCAGUUCGGAUCACACGAUGUUUUAUUGAAAACGCUCUAUCAUCGGCCGUUGAUUCACUAGAACUGCACAUUUUCACUGAUGCCAGUGAAUUAGCAUACGGCUGUGUAGCGUACCUGCGUGUGGAAAUCCAUGGGAAAGUACGAUGUAGUUUGGUUAUGUCUCGGGCGAAGGUGGCUCCACUGAAACGGCAAUCAGUUCCUCGACUGGAAUUAAUGGCGGCAGUACUCGGAGCUCGACUGAGUCGAACGGUUUUAGAAAUGCUCUCUACAGAAAUCAAGCGGUGUGUGUUGUGGACGGACUCUCGUACAGUGUGCAGCUGGCUGCAGUCGGAUCAGUACAAAUUCAAGCAAUUCGUUGCUUUCAGAAUUGGCGAAAUACUAGAACUAACUAGAGUAACUGAUUGGCGUUGGGUUCCUACUAAACUGAAUAUCGCGGACGUAUUGACUAAGUGGGGACAUGGAUCGUCGCUUAACAGCGACGGAGAAUGGUUCAACGGAGCAUCGUUUCUGUAUCUGCACGAAGAAGACUGGCCAAGAAAAGAAAAGCCGUUCGAGGAGACAAGCGAAGAGGCUAGAGGAGUGGUACUGUUUCUACAACUAGUUGACAAUGUAGCUAUUUCAAGAUGGGCAAUUCUGGUGAGAGUCAUUGCAUAUGCGGUUCGAUUCACAGAAAAUUGUAAGCGGAAAAAGAAAGGACAGCCGGUAGUAACAAUCCAAGCCACAGCAAACCAACAACGAUCGAUUGAAACGAAAUAUCCCACAGUGCUGCAACCUCUUCAGCAGGAAGAACUGCAGAAGGCCGAGAUAAUUCUGUGGAAACAAGUACAGUUCGACAGCUUUCCGGAUGAAAUGAGUGCGUUAACGAAAACUCUCUAUCUAAAGCCGGAGCGAAUAUCAGCUAAAAUCGGAAGAUCGAGCAUUCUAGCAAAAUUGUCUCCAAUUCUGGACGACAACGGAGUUUUGCGGAUGGGUGGAAGAUUGACAAUGGCGGAUAACGUUCCUUACGAUAAGAAGUUUCCGAUUAUUUUAUCACGACACCACGAUAUCACUAAAAAGUUGAAUCAUUCCUACCACGAAAGUGAUCUGCCAAGUGAUGCGAGAGUGCGCAUGGUGCAAAGUUCAUCGAUGUCGCCCGCAAGUACCAAUGAUGGCUCCUCUUCCGACACAACGUGUCAAGGCAGGAUUGCGUCCUUUCAGCUCGGUCGGCAUCGAUUAUUUGGGACCAGUAGAAGUAUCAGUUGGAAGAAGGAGAGAAAAGCGAUGGAUAGCCGUGUUCACGUGCCUCACCAUCAGAGCAGUACAUCUUGA